GAGGAGGGGAGGAGGGAGGAGGAGGUGAGGAGGAAAUGAAGGGAAAAGAGGGGGAGAGAAAAGGAAUUCAGGCACGGCAACAACUGGAAAGGAACGGGGUUCAAAGGUUCUCUCUCUUUUAAGCAGUGAGUGAGGGGGUGCAAAUUCUCAUUCCAACCAUGAUUCUGUCUUGAGCUCGUGUGGGGUGAGGGAGAGGGAGACGUCUCCAGCUCGAGUCGUCAUCUGGGUCCGCGUCUUCUCUUCCCUUCUUCCAAUGGUUUGGUCCUAGGACAGAGAGAGAAAGAGAGAGAUAUACAAAAAGAGAGAUACAGAGAGAUAGAGGGAGAGGGAGAGGGAGACUCGUGGCGCUGUUUCGAGCUUUCUAGCUUGCGGAGGAGGAGGGCUGGUGUUGAGCGAAACUUGGAGAGGUCAUGAAUUCGACAACCACUCAGUUUGUGUCCUCUAGAAGGAUGGGGAUGUAUGACCCGAUUCACCAAAUUGGAAUGUGGGACGAGAACUUCAAGCAGAAUGGAAAUCCUAAUGCGCCGCCAGCUCUGAUCAUACCUAUGCACGCGAAUUUGGACAACCAGUCGGAGGAUACUUCUCAUGGAUCACAGGAUACUGCUGGCAAGUAUGAGCAAGAAACAUCGAAACCUUAUGAUAAGGUGCAAAGACGUCUUGCCCAAAACCGUGAGGCUGCGCGCAAAAGCCGUCUGCGGAAAAAGGCUUAUGUUCAGCAGCUAGAAGCAAGUCGUUUGAAGCUUGUGCAGUUAGAACAAGAGGUUGACCGAGCUAGACAACAGGGUGUGUACAUGGCUUCAGGAGUAGAUUCAGCUUAUCCAGGAUAUGGUGGAUGUUUAAAUUCAGGAAUCGUUGCAUUUGAGAUGGAGUACGGGCACUGGAUUGAUGAACAGAAUAGACAAAUAUGUGAGCUGAGGGCUGCUUUGAAUGAUCAUAGAACUGACGUAGAGCUUCGCAUCCUCGUGGAAAGUGGCAUGAACCACUAUUUGGAACUUUUUCGCAUGAAAGCGGUUGCCUCAAAGGCCGAUGUUUUCUAUGUGAUGUCCGGAAUGUGGAGGACAUCGUCGGAGCGAUUCUUCCUGUGGAUCGGGGGAUUUCGUCCUUCAGAACUUCUUAAGGUUCUCAUGCCUCAGCUCGACCCCUUGUCAGACCAACAAUGGGCGUUUGUUUCCAACCUCAGGCAAGCUUGUCAACAGGCUGAAGAUGCCCUAAAGCAAGGUCUGGAUAAGCUCCAGCUCAACCUGGCCGAGGCUGUGGCCAGUGGUCAUCUCGGCGAAGGGAAUUACAUCCCGCAGGUGGCUACUGCUUUGGAGAAAUUGGAAGCUCUGGUCAGUUUUGUGAAUCAGACCAUCUACGACAGGAGACGCUGCUGCAGAUGUCCAACCACCUAACAACACGGCAAGCCGCUCGGGGCCUGCUAGCCUUGGGGGAGUACUUCCAACGCCUCCGAGCUUUAAGUACCCUUUGGGCUACACGUCCCCGCGAACCCGCUUAAAUUCACUUGGUCAAGUCGACAUGGAUAUUUACAGGAUGAAAUCUCUCGUGGAGCCAUAAUAAGUGGGCCAAAGGUGCUGUUUUGCAUGUCAGCUGUAGACAUCGUGUAGAAAGUUGCUACUGCCGAUAAUUUUUUUCUAGGCGGCGUCUGAAAGAUGAAGAUGUGAAUACCAACAUUUAUCUUGGAGUCGUAAUCUCUUUUACCCUCUUUCGGGCGUGCUGCAGUUAAUGUAUCGGGUAGUUCUUGAGUUAGGUUUACGACGAUUGCUUGGUGAACCGGGUUUACUGUACUCGAUAAGUUUGACAGAACACAGUUGUGUAUAGAUGAGUUGUGCUGUGUAUUUUGCGCUGCUUAUUGAUCUCUCUGUAAAUAACAGAUGCUCAUCUUGGAAUCACUAGACAGUUGAUUCAUGAACC